AUGGAGGAUAUUUAUGCCAAGUUUGUGUCUCAGAAAAUCAGCAAGACCCGCUGGCGACCGGUACCUUCGGGGAGUUUGCAGCCCGCGGAGACCUUCGCUACGGGCUCUUGGGACAACGAGGAAAAUCGUGUUUUGUUGUGGUCCAUUGGAGACUUGGGGAACUUGGACUCUGAUGGAGGGUUUGAAGGAGACCAUCAGUUAUUGUGCGGUAUCGGGCACCAUGGUGAUGUGAUGGAUUUACAAUUUUUCGACCAGGAAAGAAUUGUAGCUGCUUCGUCAACAGGAUGUGUAACAGUCUUCCUUCACAAUCCCAACAACCAGACUCUGUCAGUCAGCCAGCAGUGGACAACAGCUCACUACCACACGGGUCCAGGCAGUCCUUCCUGUAGCACUGCACCGUGCACAGGUGUUGUGUGCAACAGCCCAGAGAUUGUCACAGUCGGAGAAGAUGGUCGAAUAAAUCUCUUCAGAGUUGAUCACAAGGAAGCUGUGAGAACUAUAGACAAUGCAGAUAGCAGCACACUACAUGCUGUUACCUUCCUUCGAACUCCUGAGAUUCUUACAGUGAAUUCAAUUGGACAAUUAAAAAUAUGGGACUUCAGACAACAAGGAAAUGAGCCCUCUCAAAUAUUAUCACUGACUGGUGACCGAGUGCCACUUCACUGUGUAGAUAGACAUCCCAACCAGCAGCACGUUGUAGCUACUGGGGGCCAGGAUGGCAUGUUGAGUAUUUGGGAUGUUAGACAAGGUACUAUGCCUGUGUCUCUGCUGAAGGCUCAUGAAGCGGAAAUGUGGGAAGUUCACUUUCACCCAUCCAACCCAGAUCAUCUAUUUACCUGUUCGGAAGAUGGAUCCCUGUGGCAUUGGGAUGCCUCCACUGAUGUACCUGAAAAAUCAUCACUCUUUCACCAGGGAGGAAGAAAUAGUACGUUUUUGUCUCAUAGCAUUAGUAACCAGGCUAAUGUUCACCAGUCUCUCAUAAGCUCCUGGCUCAGCACUGAUCCUGGGAGAGACCGGAUUGAGAUCACAAGCUUGCUUCCCAACAGAACUUUGUCUGUGAACAGUUUGGAUGUUUUAGGUCCUUGUCUUGUUUGUGGAACUGAUUCAGAAGCAAUUUAUGUUACUAGACAACUUUUUUCAUGA